AUGCUUCACAUCCUUGCCGAGCCUUUAACACCGAUUGUAAGCCCAUGGCCCUUCACCCAAUGGGGACUGGACUUGAUCGGUCCAAUGCCACAAGGGAAGGGCCAAGUUAAGUAUGAUGUGGUUGCCGUAGGCUACUUCACCAAAUGGGUAGAAGCCGAAGCUCUAGCAACCAUAACGAUAGCCAGUUCUGUACUCGCCUUAAGGUCAAAUUGUUCUUCGCCUCACCAGCUCACACCCAAUCAAACAGCCAGGUCGAAGUGA